UUAGAGCGCGCGCUUGAAAAAUGGAGAUUUGAGUGGAGAAUGGAGUCAACUAUUGAUAGCCCUGGCCACAGUGGUCGAUAUGAAGAAAGAGAUUCUGAAGGAUUUCGAUAUUCAAGAAAGAGAAGAAGGCUACUGAAGGAGCUUUCUCCGGACUCCAAGAGACGGAAAAGUGGCGAGUUCUUUGUGAGGCAGAGUACAGAGGCACCUGCGCUAGCAUGCACUCCUUCUGCUGGUGGUGAUGAGCUCGUGGUGACGAAGAAAUCUGCUCCUGUGUCAACGUUACCGAUAGACCAGCAUCAGGAGUCAAGUAAAACAUCAAAGGAGGCAGAUGAUAACCUAGAUGAGGCAAAGGACAGCAAAAUGAGGGCAAUGCUUAGUGAGUUGGAUGAAUGUGGACUUGUUCUAGACAACGAGACUGCAAAAUUGGUUGAAGAGAAGCAGAAAUGGGAUGAAUUAGUUGAUAUCUUUACAGACAGAGCUAACAAGGCCUGCAAAGACACAGACGAGGAACAAGAUAUCAAAGUGGGACCAGAUGGUCUUCCUAUUGCAUUGACUGAUGAGGAAAGGGAAUUCUUGCUUGGUCAGCCUAACGUUCAGGAGAUAAUAAACAAAAUCGAUUCUUCCUUUCAGGAAAUGGAACUGACAAUGUCUCAGUGGCUUCACUUUGUGGCUGUUAUUGAACAGUAUCAACGUUGUAUUGAAGAGAGACUUAACCAGAAGAAGCAAGCAAUAGGUGAAAUAACUAACACUCAAAUCCCCUUCACGCCUCGCACUGCCAUAAAAGGAAUUAUGAAGUCCAAAUUUGUUUCUGUUACUGAUUGUAUGCAUAUGAAGUAAAAGUUUACACUAUGGUUAGGACCCAAUGUAUAUACAUGUAAAUUGGUACUUCUUGGUACUUGUUUUUGAGAGCAGCACUUUCUGUGACACAACAACCACUUGAUAAUUAGAAUGCAUCUGGACGGUGUGAA